AUGACGUAAUUAUGUAUGCGCAAAUGCAUAACUAUACACUCGUACCGUAUAUCAUACAAUAAAAAAAAUUACAAUUUAUUCAGAAUUGAAGUGACCAGAUUGGUUGAACGAAAUUUAAUUGAAUCAGGUGUUCGUAUAGAAAUUAGUUCUGAGAGAGUCGACGGUGAGAUCAUGAAGAUGAAGACAUAUCCUUGUCACUCUCGUCGUACCUAUCUGACAUUAUUAGUACUUGCGGCUUUAACUGCAUUUGGACAAGCUCAAUUUGAUGGAGAUACCUACCUGGGUUAUGGUGGCUUAGUUAAAGUUUAUAAGGGAGGUGAAUGGAGAGCUAUUUGCGCAUCAAAAGACUUUACAGUUGAAUCUUCAGUGCUGUGUCGGAGUUUCGGUCAAAUAUUUUCUUAUUACUCAUCUCGUAGUUCAUCUUUACCAGGCAUAAUCAGAGGUUUAGUGUGCAGAGGUGAUGAAAACUCACUAUCAGCUUGCAGUGAUUUUUAUUCUUCUUCUUAUGGCUGUUCAUAUAACAAACUUCAUGUUCAGUGCCAGGAAGACUCAACUAAGGCAUUUUGCCCAUUUGAUAACGACAUUUGCGAAAUGGUUAGUGAAGGUACAGAAGAUUAUAAAUGGCAACGUGUUCAUCCCUAUAGAUUCACAAGACUGUCAGGAGAAUCAAUACCCAAAAGUGAUCACACAACUGAAAGUUAUAAAGGAAAAUAUAUGCUUGCUUCUGCAGCUGGUUUCCCUGGACAAAAAGCAAUUUUGAAAACAAAACCCUUCGUUGGAAAUAUCGGCAGUGUCAGUUUCUACUAUCAUAUGUUUGGAAAUGACAUGGGAAGCCUAAAUGUCUAUGUUCGUUCUAAUAAUUCAAGUGAAAAAUCUAUUGGAUCUAUAUCAGGCAAUCAAGGCGUUGGAUGGAAAUAUCUGUGUCUUCCCGUAGAUAAGGGAAAUGGGCAUCAUGAAGUCAUAUUUGAAGCUAUCCAAGGAAAGGGUUUUGACAGUGACAUUGCCCUUGAUGAUGUGACUAUAUCAGAAAAUAGCUGUUCAGGACACUGGAAUGCAAGUUGUGAUUUUAAGAAUGACACUUGUGGUUAUUAUAUUCAAAAUAUGAGAAAUUCAGAUAACGGUUGGAGACUUCGCAUAAAUAAUACAAACGGAAUUUCUUCUGGUUCUGGAAACUAUCUGCUAUUUACUUCUUAUUCUUACUACUACUACUACUACUCAGGCACGAGGAACUCUAUAAGGUCACCUGUAAUUGAUAUUCCAAAUGAAAAGAUGAAACUUGAAUUUCUCUAUUACAUGCCUGGGACUGGAACUAAAUCACUACAAGUAAGAUUUGAGGAAGAAGGACUUAAAUCAUGGUUUACUGAAAAACCAUAUUUCUGGCAAGAUUCUGGAGACCGUGGAACUGAGUGGCAGUAUGGUUGUAUGGAUUUACCCAGUAAAAGUGGAAGAAUUGUAUUCACUGGUUUUGCUAGAGAUAGAUAUUCAAAAAUCGGUCUUGAUGAUUUACUUGUUGAUAAAGGCUACUGUCGAACUGGGAUCACUAAUCAUAUGUGCGAUUUUGAUAAUCCACUACUCUGUGAAUAUGAAAUUACUUGCAUGAACCCUUAUGAAUAUACAUGGAGGAGGAAGAAGGGAGAAACUCCAUCGUCUUACACUGGACCUAACAGUGAUAAUUCAAAAAAUGGAAAUGGGUACUAUAUGUAUGCAGAAGCUUCUUAUGGAAAUUUAAAUGAUACAACAAGCCUUAAGUUUCCAGUUUCAAAAAAUGCCAAAGGGAAAAAUCUGAAAUUUAAUUACAACAUGUAUGGAAGUUACGUUGGUCAACUAUAUGUUGUAUUUGUCACUAAUCAAUCUUCAACUGAAGAAAUAGUCUGGACAAAGAAAGGAAAUAAAGGAAGAUACUGGCGCAAAGCAUGUUUGCAUAUUGAAAAUGACAUAAAUGAAAUCAUAUUUGUAGCUGUAAGAGGAAAUUCGUACCAAGGAGACAUUGCAAUAGACAAUGUAGUAGUUGAAGAAAAAGGAUGCCCUGGUCCCUUUGACUGUGACUUUCAAAAUGGAAUAUGCAAGUAUAAAAUAUACAGUAACAACUUUUUGUGGUAUGUAAGACAUCAAAAUUCAUACUACAGCUACUCAAACAAAUACUUAUACAUUUAUUCAAGAACAAAUACUGAAAAUGCAAAAUUUCAAGUACUGUCACCUCAAGCAGAUGUGAAGGAAAAUUCUAGUGUCACCUUCAAAUACCAAAUAAGAGGAAACAUGAAAAAGUUUGCACUAAUUACUUAUACCAAUCAUUCACAGAAUGAAUUGUGGUCUUCAAAUUUCAAUGAUAUCACUGAAUUCAUUACAGCUUGUGUGAAUUUUCCAAAUUCAAAAACAUUUGGGCUGAUUUUUCAGGGUACAGUAAAUGUUAAUUCACGAUCAAACACAUAUGCAUACCUGAAUGCUAUUGAAGUCCAUAAUGAAACAUGCAAAUGUAAGAUUCAAAAUAUUUUCAUUUUAAAUUCAAAUUCUUGAUUUCAUUCAAAUUAC